AUGAAAUUAUUAUUCAAAUAUAGAAAUGUUAUUUUAAAUCAAACUAGGUGUACUUCAUCUUAUUUAACAUGGCCUUUAACGGGAGUAAAUGAAUUGUCAGGUAAUUUAAAAAAUCUUGAAAAACAUUGGAAAGAUUUAUCAACAACUAAGUUUAAAUCUAAAGAUUCAAUGGCUCCAACAAAAUACAUUCUUUCAAUGUUUCCAUAUCCAUCAGGAACUUUACAUAUGGGUCAUAUGAGAGUAUACACAAUAUCAGAUGUCUUGGCUCGUUAUUAUUCAUUAAAUGGAUAUUCUAUUCUUCAUCCAAUGGGUUGGGAUGCUUUUGGAUUACCAGCUGAGAAUGCUGCCAUUGAAAGGGGUAUUGAUCCAUCAAAAUGGACUUAUGAUAAUAUUAAUAUUAUGAAAAAUCAAUUAAUAAGAACUGGAGUAUGUUUUAAUUGGGAUAGAGAAAUUUUUACCUGUGAUCCUUCAUUCUACAAAUGGACACAAUGGAUAUUUUUAAAACUUUCUGAAAAAGGUUUAGUUAAAAGAGCUGUUAGUGAAGUUAAUUGGGAUCCUAUUGAUAAGACUGUACUGGCUGCUGAACAAAUUGAUAGUGAAGGUAGAAGUUGGAGGAGUGGUGCUAUUGCUGAGAAAAAAAAAUUAAGACAAUGGGUUAUUGAAACAACAAAAUAUGCCAAAAGAUUAAAAGAUGGUUUAGAUAUUAUAAAAGAAGACUGGAAGGAUGUUGCUGAUAUUCAAGCUAAUUGGAUAGGUAUAUGUGAUGUUUAUAGAUUUACUUUACCAUUAAAAAAUGAUAAUGAAGGAGUAUUAGAUGAAACAUUAGAUUUAAGAAUUAAAAAUCCACUUGAUUUAGAAAAAGGACAAUUUAUAAUUAUUGGAAAAAAUCAUCCAUUGGUUAAAGAAUAUGGAAAAGAAAAAGUAGAUAAAUAUUAUGUUUUAGAUGAUGUAAAAACAAUAAAUAUUCUUAAUGGUAAGGAAAUGCCAAUAGUUGUUGAAAAUAUUGAAGAGAAAGAUAAUCAUAAAGAAAUGUUUAUGGAUUCACGUCUUGGAGGUGUAAAAUUAUCAAAUGAAGACAAAGAAAUAAGUCAACUUUUAAAUUUACCACUUCCUUCAGUACAAAUAAGAAAUUUGGUAUUAAGUGAUGUCCAAGAAAUUGCCUCUUUUAGUGGUUAUGGUGGUUAUUUAACAUCAAGGAAAUUAAAAGAUUGGGUUGUUUCAAGGCAAAGAAAAUGGGGUACACCAAUUCCUAUGCUAUUGUCAGCUGAUAAUACUAAAGAUAUUCGAAGAGUACCUUAUGAAAAUCUUCCUAUUAAAAGUUCUGAUCAGGGAAAAGAAAUGAUAAUUGAUGAAAGUAAAUGGAUCAUUGAAAAUGAUACUUUAGAUACUUUCUUUGAUAGUAGUUGGUAUUAUUUAAGAUAUCUUGAUGUUAAGAAUGAUCGUCUUCCUGUAUCUUAUGAUGAGACAGUUAAAAGUAUGCCAAUUGAUGUAUAUGUUGGUGGUAUAGAACAUGCUGCUGUUCAUAUGUUUUUUGCUAGAUUUAUUAGUUAUUUUUUAAAAGAUAUUGAAAUUAUUAAUUGUAAUGAACCUUUUAAAAAUCUUGUACCUCAAGGUGUUGUAAGAGGUAGAACUUUUAUUAAUCCUAAUAAUGGUAAAUAUUUAAAAAAAGAAAAUGUUAUUAAAAAAGAUGAAAAAUUUUAUGAUAAAUCAUCGGGUAAUGAAGUGAUAAGUAUUUAUGAGAAGAUGUCUAAAAGUAAAAAUAAUGGUAUUGAUCCAUUAGAUAUUCUUGAUAGAGAUGGUAUUGAUUUGGCAAGACUUCAAUUAUUAGUAGCUGCUGCUCCAAAAAGUCCUAUCAAUUGGGAUGAUGGUGAUGUAAAAGGAAUUAAACGAUGGCUUGAUCGUUUAGCAUCUCUUACUAAUAAUUAUAUUUUAGCUAGAAAAAAAGAUAUUCCAUUUGAUGUAAAUAAGAUGAAUAACAAACUUGAGAAAGAACUUAAAAGUUCAUAUAAUUUUUAUAUUAGAAAUGUAACUAUUGCUUUAGAAGAUUUACAUUUACACAAUACUGCCAUAGCAAAAAUGAUUGGUUUAAUAAAUGUUUUAAAAAAAGUUGAUCCUAAAGCUAUAGAACAUAGUCUUGAAUUUGAGCGUUGUUUAUUUUCAUUAAUAAUAAUGCUUCAAAUUUUUGCUCCACAUACAAGUCAAGAGUUAUGGAGUGCUAUAACUAAAGUUCCAGCAAUAAAUCAAAAUCAUUGGAAUUUGAAGGAAGAUGUUAGAGGACAAAGAUGGCCAGAAAUUGAUAAAGAUGCAAUAAUAGAUGUUCUUGUUAUGGCAUGUAAUAUUAAUUGUGGUAGAGCAUUUGCUUCAAGAUUAGACAUCGAAAAUUUGAAUGAUGAGGAUGUCUUUGCGACAACCAAAAGUCUUUGGCAUGUUGAGUUAUUUAAUGAAUUAGAAGAAGAUGGUCAUAAGAUUAAAAAUUUUAACUUAAAAAGAAAAGAUGGAAGAUUUUAUAUAAUUAAUCUUGAUUUUGAAAGUAAUACAAAAGAAGAAGAUAUUAGAAAAAUUUUAGAUAAUCUUUUAAAGAAACGUAAUGCUGCUUUAUUAGAAGCUAAACUUUUAAAAAAAAAUAAAAAAAAUUAA